UGCGCGUGACGGUGUGAGGAGAGAGGAAAGAAAACUCGCACUAAUUUGUUGGCGCCGUUGGAGUCCGUUCAAACAAAGUGCAGACUCUCAAACACUCUCUUUACUCUCUCACUCUUUUCGUCGAACACUUGGAGUGCGAAUUCAACUCCAACUGGGAAAGGACAUAUUUUCCCUCCGAAUUCAGACACCGCCACAACAACUACUUCGUUACCCAUCGAUCUCUUAGAUUAUCAGCAACCAAAAUGUUCGGGGCUUCUUCUCCUGCAUUCGGCACCCCAAAUUCAACACCUGCAUUCGGUGCACCUUCCUCAACCCCAGCGUUCGGAACUCCUUCUUCUGCCCCAGUCUUCGGUACCCCUUCUUCUGCCCCAGUCUUCGGUACCCCGUCUUCAACCCCUGCGUUUGGAACUCCUUCCACGCCUUCAUUCGCUACCGGAUUCGGCUCUUCGCUAUUCUCAACCCCUUUUUCCUCUCAACCACAGCAGCAGACACCUUCGCUGUUUCAGCAACCGGCUUCCACUGGGUUCGGUUUUCAGUCCAAUUUUGGAGCACCGCAGCCACAAACACCGGCACAGCCUACACCAUUUCCGAAUGCUCAGUUGACUACCCAGAUGGCCAAUGUGGCUCCUGUUCCCUUCUCUCUCGCCGAUCGGGAUAUUCAAACAAUCGUUGAUUCUUACAAGGAUGAACCUACAAAUCUUAAGUAUGCUUUUAAGCAUUUGUUGUUCAGUGUAACGGAUCCACAGUUUAGGGUUAAGCCUGCUGGUGUUUCAGACAUCAUGUGGGCUGAGGCUAUGGGGAAGCUUGAGGGAAUGGAAAGUGCUGAUAGAGAACGCCUGUGGCCCCAACUUGUUCAGGGUUUUAAGGAUCUUUCACAACGCCUUAAGAUCCAAGAUGAAGUCAUUGUUUCAGACGCAGAGAGAUUACGUAUAACCCAAAGCAACGUUAAAAUGCUCCAAAGACAUUUUCAAGCUGAGACUCUUCCUCGGACUCAAAGAAUGAAACAGAAGGAACAAAUUCUCCAGCGGCGCCUUUUAAGAGUCAUGAGAAUAGUGGAGGCAUUGGAGGGGAAAGGCUGUCGCAUCCCCCUGACAAAAGGAGAAGCUGAACUCGCUGAGAAAUUAGCCACAAUUACCCGGCAGCUGAGAGGAUCUGGAGCUGAUCUGUCUAGAAGGGUACAAAACCUUCUAACAGUAUCUCGUGUUCAGGCAAACUCGAUGGGAUUUGGUGGCUCUGUUUAUCUUCCAGGAUCAGCCAAGAUUCAUGAUCAAAGUCUUGCUGACCUGCAGGAGGUUUUGCAGCAGCAGACGGAGGCCAUAGGAAGACUUGGCAGUGUUCUGAAGCGAGAUAUAAGGGAUAUGGAAAUUAUGAUGGCUGAGGAUACAGCAACUGAAAAUGGGAAUUCAUUCUGAGCUUCCUAUGUAUACUUCUAAAUGAUAGUGCUGGUUUUGCUUGUAUUUUGUUUCUGUCCAUCUGUUAUAGCUGAACAAAGACAUCGUUGGUAAAUCAUGGAAGUAAAUUGGGCAUCGUUUGCCUUGUUCGCUA